CGCGAGGGAGCGGGCAGUAGCGAGUGGACGAUCGGUGGGCGCGGCCGGCCCAGAGACUUCGUGGUGGUGGCGGCCGCGGAGAGAAGUUAGGGCGCCCCGAAAGCCUAGCGAUCGCCCUCCUUCCGCGCCUGCGGAGUGGUUACUGUGAAAAAACAAUGGCCAGUAAUCAUAAACCGCCAAUACCUCGCCCUGUUUCUCGAGGUGGAAUUGGGUUGACAGGAAGACCUCUUUCUGGAAUACGACCCCCAUCAGGAAAUGUUCGAGUGGCAACUGGAAUGCCUCCUGGAACAGCCAGGCCAGGCUCUCGCAGUGGUCCUGGGGGGACAGGAGGAGUUCUAUCUUCUCAAAUUAAAGUUGCAGACCGCCCUGUAACCCAGCAAGGUUUGAGUGGAAUGAAAACCGGAAUGAAAGGUCCUCACAGACAAAUAUUAGACAAAUCUUAUUAUCUUGGACUUCUUAGAAGUAAAAUAAGUGAACUCACAACAGAAAUCAAUAAACUUCAGAAAGAAAUCGAAAUGUACAAUCAAGAGAAUUCAGUUUAUUUGUCAUAUGAAAAAAGGGCUGAAACUUUAGCGGUUGAAAUCAAAGAGUUUCAAGGACAGCUAGCAGAUUACAACAUGUUGGUGGAUAAACUUAAUACCAAUACUGAGAUGGAAGAAGUAAUGAAUGAUUACAACAUGCUUAAAGCUCAAAAUGACCGGGAAACACAAAGUAUGGAUAUCAUAUUUACUGAAAGACAAGCGAAAGAAAAACAAAUUAGAAAUGUGGAAGAAGAAAUCGAACAGGAAAAGCAAGCAGCAGAUGGCAUUAUUAAAAAUAUGUCUACUGAAAAGCAAGUGAAGUACACAGAAAUGAAAACUUCAAAUGAAAAAUUAUUGCAGGAAUUAGAUACACUUCAACAACAAAUAGAUUCACUGAACAUGAAAAAGGAGAGCCUGGAAGCUGAAGUAGCACACUCCCAGGUAAAACAGGAGGCUGUAUUGCUGCAUGAAAAACUUUAUGAGUUAGAGUCCCAUCGAGACCAAAUGAUCGCAGAAGACAAAAGCGUGGGCUCGCCAAUGGAAGAGAGAGAAAGGUUACUUAAGCAGGUUAAAGAAGAUAAUCAGGAAAUAGCCAGCAUGGAGAGGCAGUUAACAGAUAUAAAAGAAAAAAUAAAUCAGUUUAAUGAAGAAAUUAGACAACUUGACAUGGACUUAGAGGAACACCAAGGAGAAAUGAAUCAGAAGUACAAGGAACUAAAAAAGAGAGAAGAAAAUAUGGACACUUUUAUCGAGACUUUUGAGGAAACUAAGAAUCAGGAACUAGAGCGGAAGGCGCACAUCGAAGCCAGCAUUGUGGCGCUUUUGGAGCACUGCAGUCGAAAUAUAAAUCGUAUGAAACAGAUAUCUUCUAUUACCAACCAAGAGCUGAAGAUGAUGCAGGAUGACCUCAGCUUUAAAUCCACAGAAAUGCAGAAAUCACAAAGCACAGCCAGGAAUUUGACUUCAGAUAGUCAGCGUCUACAGUUGGACCUACAAAAAAUGGAGCUCCUGGAAAGUAAGAUGACUGAGGAGCAGCAGUCUCUGAAAGGGAAAAUUAAGCAAAUGACCACAGAUCUGGAGACCUAUAAUGAUUUGACAGCGCUGAAAUCAUCAGGCGAAGAAAAGAAAAAGAAACUACAUCAGGAGAGAACAGUAUUAUCAACUCAUAGAAAUGCUUUUAAGAAACUAAUGGAGAAAUUAAACGCAGACUAUGAGACGCUGAAAACACAAUUGCAAGAAAACGAGACACAUUCUCAGCUUACAAAUUUGGAAAGGAAGUGGCAACACCAUGAGCAAAAUAACUUUGUGAUGAAAGAAUUCAUUGCAACCAAGAGUCAAGAGAGUGAUUACCGGCCAAUUAUGAAGAGCGUGAACAAACAGAUCACAGAUUACAACAAAACCAUCGUGGAGGCCCUGCUCAGCACUGGUCGAAACUGAAGACUGUGAGGCCCUGGAGGAGCGGCGUCCGACGCUGGCCUCUCCCUGGACUAAACUGACCACCCCAAACCCCGCCGUGGAGAGUUUUACUAAACAGUUCUGAAUGUAUUGCUUGUUCAUUGCUUUAUUGUCAAAGCUGUCUAUGAUGUACAUUUGAUCCUUAGAUAUGUAAACAACAUUCAAUCCAUAGUUAGAACUUGACCUUGUGGAGAGGACAUGUGCAGUGAUUGGUUCUAACUAGAACUUCAGCCAGAAAGUAGAAAAAUUGGCCUAUCCAUGAAUGUAUACAUGUGUUUGCAUUAAAACAAUGAGAAGUUUGGCAGGGUGGGGAAAAAAAAAACACUGGAAAUUUCUUGAACCAAACAAAGUUUCCAACUUCCGCUCUAAAUUACUCAUCUUAUAUAUGAUAUUUGGGGAACAUAAUUGAGUAGGAUUCCUUUAAACUAAAAUGUGUUAUCUGAGGGAAAUGCUCAUUAAUGUCUUUUCCUUCCUCUCAGAGCCUUCCAACAAAUCCAAUAGGAAUAUUCUCUGCUGGGAUAGAGCGCCAGGCUCUUUCUUGGUCUGUAAGCUCCAUCCGUGUUAAAAUAAUACCUUGUAAGUCCCGUGGAAAGAAGCUACAGACUGAACAAACAUGCUGAGCAGGGUUACCGAUGAAGAUCAACAUGGGAAAGUUAGCAAGGCUUUGUUUUGUUUCCCCAUCCAUAUCCUUUAUCAAUAAGUAAACAUGACUUCUUGCUACUCUCUCUCACUAACUGCGGAGUCCUUCCUGGGGCCAGUAGUCUGGUCUUAACGUUAAGGUGCAAAAUGCAGAGCCAGGAUGAGAGCUUGGAGGAAUGCCAUUCACACAAGAGAUGAAAGGCUCGUUCAUGGCAGCCUCGCGGUCUCUGGCUGUCUCUUGGGCCAGUUUUUCUGUAGCUCUGUUCCUUUUGUGGUAAGAUUCUAGCAUCAACAGUCUUAGUAAAUUAUACCAUUCUGAUUUCAACUAAGAAGAAAUCAGUAUUGUCCCACUAGAUAAUUAUAGUAAUUAAUUUUAAAAUUAAUGCUGUAUCCUUCAUCUCCUGCACUAUAGGUUUUAUCAUAAAAGUACAGAUUUACCCGGAAAUUGAACAUCUUUAAAAAGACAUUUUUAAUUCAAAAAUAAAAAAUUUUGAAAUGAUAGACAAAUAAAAUGAAGAAAAUAAACUAAUUCUGUUCUUUUCUGUCUCUUCUGAGCACAUCUAUACAUCUGUCAUGCAUAGUGUCAUACAUAGCGAUAAUUUUUCAUAUUUGAGUAUUUUUAAUAAACCAUUUGAAAAACUCGAA